AUGUCAUCACCAGAACAGAUUAUUGCAAUCGUAAUGGAUGAUAAAACCUACAACGUGAGCAAAAGCAAGCUAAUUGAAAAGAGCGACUACUUCCGUGCACUAUACAGUUCUGGAAUGCGGGAGUCCGGAGAGGAUUCGGUCCAGCUCCAGGGAUUAAGUGUACCCGGGCUAGAAUUAGUCCUGGAGUUCAUCAACACUUCCAAAGUGCAGGUUGUCAAUGAGACAUUAGAGGAUUUGAUCGAGACGGCAUCUUUUUUGCAGGUGACGUCAAUUUUAAAAUUGCUCUUGUCGGAAAUCAGACAGGAUAACUGCGUGGAACUGUACAAUCUUUCGGAGAUUUAUGGAACACACGACCUGAGGAACGCUUGUUUGAAAUUCAUGACCUGUCACUACCACCCGAUGCUACGGAGAUCCGAGUUCCGAAGCCUCCCAUCUUCCCUCCGCAACCACGUUAGAGAGAUGCGCAUGAAAGGUACGGCUACUCUAGUAGCUAUUGGAGAUUUCAUCGGGACCUGUCUGGACCUAGCAGACCAGGACGAACCCUGGUCCAUGCUUCGGUACGGAGAGUUGGAACAGCGCUGGAAGCCGCUAGCUAACAACCUGCCAUCGGACAUGGUCAACGUGAGAGGGUACGGGUCUGCCGUACUCGACAAUUACUUGUUCAUCGUUGGAGGUUACAGAAUGACGAGUCAGGAGAUAUCGGCAGCGCACUGUUACAACCCCUGUCGAAAUGAGUGGAAUCAGGUUGCACCCCUGAACCAAAAGAGGUCCAAUUUCAAGCUGCUGGCGGUGAGUGGGAAGCUGUAUGCGGUGGGCGGGCAGUGUCUGGGCACAGUCGAGUGCUACAGUCCGGAGCAGGACUGGUGGACCUGCGUAUCCUCGCUCCCAGACCCACUGGCAGAGUUUUCUGCUUGCGAGUGCCAGGGGAUGAUCUACGUUAUGGGCGGGUACACUGCCAGAGACAGGAACACCAGCGUGCUGCGUUACUGCCCCUCCUCCGACGCCUGGAUGGUGUUCAGCUCCUGCUCGGCCCACGUGCGCAAGCAGCAGAUGCUCUCCGUGGAGGACACCAUCUACCUGGUGGGCGGCUACACGCACGAGCUGGGGCCGGAGCGGCGAAGGGCCAGCCAGACGGAGGACAUGCUGACCGUGCAGUCCUACAACGUCACCACGGGCGAGUGGCUCCACCUGAAGGAGAACACCUCCAAGUCUGGCCUCAACCUGACCUGCACGCUGCACAACGACGGCAUCUACAUCAUGAGCCGCGACGUCAGCCUGCCCACCAGCCUGGAGCACCGGGUCUUCCUCAAGUACAACAUCUUCUCCGACGCCUGGGAGGCCUUCCGCCGCUUCCCCGCCCUGGGCCAGAACAUGCUCCUGUGCUCCCUCUACCUCCCCAACGUUCUGUGAACGUGCCGGGGGCCUGUGGACUCGUCUGAGGAGCAGAGCUGUGCGCCACGCGAGCCAGGGCCAGUGCUAGCGCCACAGGAAGUUCUUGCCCGACGGUCACAUCGUGGAGCAGCUGGUCGUAGCCUCGCACCGGGGACCAGAGAGUGCUGGGUGUUUCAGAGUGCUCAUCUACCUGUUCAGCAAGGUGCUGUAGCUGAGCUGCUCCGACCAGAAGAGGGUCCCGGAAUACGUACUGUAAAUGGCUUGUAUGAAAGUGUAAUCUAAGAAUAACAAUACAAUGAGCUUUCAAUAGUUAACAUAAAGUAGGCUCCUGAGAUGCGUUUUGAGCCCACCGCUCGUACACUAGGAGCUGUUGCUGCUUGAAACGCACCCACCUACGCUGUGUGGGAUAACACAAAGCAUUCCAUUUGCCACUGCAGAGAAAGGCCUCUUUCCUCUAGGGGAGGAGAUGAGUUUUGCACAAAACCGACAGUAUAUUUUCAACCUUGCAAAAACCAAACCUUCAACGCUAAUUCAGACAUUUACAAGAGAAAAUACUGUAAAAAGAAGGUACUUUGCCAGAAUAGGCUCUGGUUUUACAUGGCCUGUUUUGGACUGGAGAUUCUUGAAAGUAGAGCAGCUUACCAUGAGGCCAGGUCUAUAGGUACGAUACUGCUGUUACAUAUGAGGUCACUCCUGCUGGCUCUGUAUGUAUCUCCUUUAGUCUUGAAGUCUCUGAGGUGAGAUCUUUUGGCGAACUCUAACAUGCCUCUCUUUGGCAUCCAUAUUUUCCAGAAAGGGGUGAUGAAGUGUUCUUAGCUUGCACAUUACAAGACACCCCAGACCAGCUGUCAAAACCUUAAAAAGGACAGAAGGACCAUUAGCCUGUCUUGAAAUUUCAAGAAUGAAUGGAAGUCGCUGAAUAGCACCAAAAUUAUAGUCAUGGUUUAACCGAUAAGUGUUCGAUAAAGGAAAUGAUUAAAGUCAGCACUGAGGAUUAAGCUGGAGGGAAAUUAUGGCUAAGCACUACAUUUGAUUUCAUCCUUCUUGAAGUCUGAAGAUAUUGCACAAAACAUUACGCACAAGUCUAUACUUUAAGAAAACAGUAUUAUGUUGUGAGCUACUGGCCAAAACGGCUGUUUUACAAGUGUGAAGAGGAGAGUGAUGAAUAGGGGCCUUACUGAUGAGAAGUUUGAGAACAGUAAACAAACUUUUGUUUCGAGAGGAUAAAAUAAAUAUUUCCUGUGGUGAUAAACUUUCUGAGAGCAUAACUUUUCUGUUUCUGAGACUGGGAGAAAAUUCUUUUGCUGUUUUCAUUUGUGUGACUUGGUGGUUAUUUUAUUUGCCCCUCUUUAAUGCUGUUCAGUUUCCCACCGAUGCCUUGGACAUGAGAAUAAUAAAUAAAUCUCUUCAGGGAAGUGA